GUCCAAACGACCCGAACCAAAAUCGAUUUGGUCGGUCUGAGUUUACUCGUGAUCCAAUCAUUUGGCCGGGUCAUUUUUUGGUUCGAUUUUUAUGAUAUACUCCCUCCGUUUCUUUAUAAUUGUUCCAUUUUUUCGUUUUUUGGUGUCCCCUAUUAUUGUUUCACUCCCUCCGUCCAUAAAUAAACUUCCAACUUUCAUUUUUCGUCCGUCCCAAUUAAAACUUUCACUUUCCUUUUUUGGCCAGAAUUUGUGGUUCACAACAAUUCUUACACAUUUCUCUCUCCUCUGCACAACUCUCCACCACACAAUACACACUAUGUUAAACUCCGUGCCAAACCUAUUUGGAAGAUAUAAUAGGGACGGAGGGAGUACCAUUUUUAGUUACAUUUGUGUGGCUCUAAUUCGUUUUUUAUGUAUUUCCGCUUUAUCAACUCAUUAUCAAUCACAUAAUUCUACUUUUCUUAAAAAUCACACCACUAUCUUCCGUCCCAAUAUUAGGGGGGCAUAAGUAGUAGUGUAGUACUAUAUUUUUAUUUUUAAAUCUCUAAGAGUAUAAGACCAUUUAUUGUUAUUAAAGCAAAUGUGGUAGUGUGAUACUGGUCAUUGACGGGGUGUUUGGAACUGAUUCUGAUUCUGCUUCUUUUUUAAAGAAGAAUCAGAAUCAGUUUUCAGAAGCUGGUCUACCUCAGCUUUUAAAAAAACUGAUUCUAGGAAUAAAUUAGAACACCAGAAGUGCUUCUGCGUUUUCAUCCAAACACUCCAACUUCUGCUCCCUCAAAGAAUAGAAUCAGUUUUAAGAAUCAAAUACAAAAGACCCCAAAUUCGAUUCCAAGUUGCCAACCUUCUCUAAAUAAAUCUUGAAAGUUUGAAAUUGGAAAGACGGAAACACCCUCAAUAGACCAGCUUCAGCUUCAAUCAAUUCCUUAACCUGUACACCGGGUGAGGUAAUUGAGUCUUUUCGUUUUGUUUUUCCAGGAGAUGGUUUUUACUUUUUACCGUUUGACUAAAUGUCAAAUGGCUUGAACACGAAAUUCAUUAAUCAGCGUUAGAAUCUCAGGCCGUGAAAGCUGAAAAUAUGGGUUCCAUCGGAAAGCAGGAUAGCAGGGAAGAAGUUAUGCAGGCAUGGUAUAUGGAUGAUAGCAAUGAAGACCAGAGACUUCCCCAUCACCGUGAGCCAAAUCAGUUUGUCUCCUUUUACAAACUUGAUGAGCUUGGAGUGCUCAGCUGGAGGUUAGAUGCUGACAAUUAUGAAAAGGAUGAGGUUUUGAAGCAACUCCGUGAGUCCCGAGGAUAUUCCUACAUGGACUUUUGUGAGGUGUGCCCUGAAAAGUUGCCCAAUUAUGAAGAGAAGAUCAAAAAUUUCUUUGAAGAGCAUCUUCACAAAUCACCCUGAUGAAGAAAUCCGCUAUUGUGUUGCCGGGAGUGGUUAUUUUGAUGUACGCGAUAAGAAUGAUGAAUGGAUCCGGAUCUGGGUGAAGAAAGGAGCAAUGAUAAUACUACCUGCUGGAAUUUAUCACCGUUUUACCCUUGAUUCUAAUAAUUACAUUAAGGCGAUGCGACUCUUUGUUGGUGACCCAGUUUGGACUCCGUUCAACCGCCCACAUGACCAUCUCGACGCAAGGAAAAAGUACAUUGAAACAUUUGGGACGGAUGAUGCUACUACAAGUCUUGCUGUUGAUGUUGCUGCCUAAGUAUGCUAUUGUACUACCAACUACACUACAGACUAUUAUAUAGAACCGAGAAACUUUAACAUCAUGGCCCCUGUAUUCUAUUUGAUGGCCAUCGAUUCAGUUUGAUUAUAUGUAUAAAUAUGUGAGAUUGUGAUGACAAUUCUUGCCAGAGUGUUGAACUGCUGACAUGAAUUGGCCCAAUUAGACCUAGAUCAUGGAUGUGGGUUUGAUGAAAUCUUUAGACCUAAUCUGGACAAUGUCGAGAUUAGAUAUAAAUUGAAUUCCAGGUAUGAGCCAAGGAGAAUGUUUCAGAUUUCCUCCACCUGACCUCCAACUUAUGAUUACAUGUUUCAAAA